AUACGAAACAUCAGAUAGGCAUUGCAGGAACACACAAUGUCGGGGAAGAGACUGUUCUCCACGUGUCGGGUGUUGAGGCAUGAGAAUCCGCUGGGCCUCCCCCGCUCCGGCACGCCGCCCUCCUUCCCUCGUCGCCGCGGACUACCCGAGAAACGCAAGAUCCGGGACGUGAAGAAGGUGGUUGCCGUGUCGUCGGCGAAGGGGGGGGUGGGGAAGUCGACGAUUGCGGUAAACCUCGCCCUCGCAUUCGCCCGUCGCGGCAUCCGCACCGGCAUCCUCGACACGGAUAUCUUCGGGCCUUCGAUUCCCACUCUGCUUAAUCUAUCGGGCGAGCCGCGGUUAGAUGAGAAUAACCUCCUCCUCCCACUAACAAACUACAACCUCAAAUCAAUCGUCUCCUGGGGCCCGCUGGACAUCCUCUUCCUCGACCUCCCCCCAGGCACCGGUGACGUCCAACUCACCAUCAACCAGGAGAUCGUGGUCGAUGGCGCCGUGAUCGUCACCACGCCGCAGGAUAUCGCGCUCAGGGAUGCCGUGCGCGGCAUCGGCAUGUUUCAGAAAAUGCAUGUCCCUGUGCUUGGCAUGGUGAGGAAUAUGGCCUUUUUUCAGUGUCCCGGGUGUGGGCAGAGGACGGAGAUUUUUUCGAAUGGGUACGGGAGUCAUAAGGCUGGGGAUUGGGGUGUCCAGGCGGAGUGUAGGAGGCUUGGGGUGCAGUUUUUGGGCGAUGUCCCGCUUGAUGCGCGGGUUUGUGAGGAUGCGGAUAGGGGGGUUCCUAGUGUUGUUGCGGAGGAGGGCAAGGUGGGUGUUGAGGGGAUCAGGAGGGAGGCGUUUUUGGGCAUUGCGGAGAGGGUUGCCAGGGAGGUUGGAGUUAAGUGGUAAAUUGAUUUUUUUUUAUGCCAUUUUGGGGUAUUGUGGGGGUGAAUCUUUCUUGUGGUGUAUAAUAACUAUAAUGUGCAGUGG